CGUCGCGUUCACUCCCCUCCUGUAUUGCUCCUUGGCCACUGGUCAUGGCAGACUUGCAGGAUUCCACAGCACCCCGUCGCUCUCAGCGCGAUAGAAAGCAGGUGAAACACUUCGUAUCAACCAGCCAGUCUCCCAGCAAACGGAAGAGGGCAGACAUAGAGAACGAAUUAAUGGACCUCUCGGAGUUGGAUGAUGCCGACAAGGUACAAGAUGAAGACGAGGAGGAUUCUGUCGCAGGAGACGAGAGUGACGAUGAACCGGAGUUCAGUGCACCGGUGACCAAGCAGAAACUUCCAGCUGCCACACGCAAAGGUAAUGUCAAAGCAAGAGGUCCACCGCCUCCAAAGAAGCCCAAAACAAUCAAAUCGGUUGGAACAAGGGCCACAAAGGUCAAGAAAGGACCUCGACUAAAAGCCCACAAGCCCAAGGCCGCCAAUGGCGACUUCGAUAUCGCAAAAUUAACAACCGAAGCUAACAUAUCAACGGAUAACCCCUUAUUUAAUGCCAUCCUUAACCCCUCCGCGGCAUUGCAAUCUACCGCAGAGGAUUUCCUUGAUGCGCUGUCGCGAGAUUCAGGGCCAGCACAAGCACAGCUGAUAAACUGUAUUUUACGUGCAUGCGGGUGUAAUGAUUCGGUCGAUGCUGAUCAAGUCGUUGACUAUGACGGUGUAGUCGACACACUUGACACAUUCACCGAAGGUCUUAAACAAGAAAACUCUCCUACAUACCCGCUAACGUCGAAACUUCCUGCCUUCAAGCGCUUUCGUGCGUCGCUUUCAGAACUGAUAGAGCGAAUCGUCUUGGCGGCGGCGGAACUGGGCACUCUUUACACUUCUGACCUCAUGACGACUCUCCAAACAUGGGUAGUUGCCAUGUCUUCGUCCCAAAUCCGUUCUUUCCGGCACACUGCAACCGUCGUGGCGCUCGAAUUAGAGACUGCCCUCUCUCAAGUUGCAGCCGCUGUCGAGAAAGAAGCAGAGAUUCUCGGGAGGCAACGGGAAGGUGAGCGCAAACGCAAGGCAAGCAACAAAGCUAGUGGAGUUCGUGAGAAGGAUUUGGAAGAUAAGGUUGCGGCGGUGCGGAAACGCCGUGCCGCCCUCGCAGAGUACCUUAAGGAAAUUGUCGAUGGUGUGUUUGUCCACAGAUACCGCGACCUCGAUCCGAAUAUUCGUGCUGAGUGUGUGAAAGCAUUAGGUGCUUGGUUCACCUACUACCCAGCACAUUUCCUUGAUACAUCAUAUCUUCGGUACGUCGGCUGGGUCCUUUCCGACUUAAGCACUCCCGUUCGUAUGGAAGCCGCGCGUGCUCUCAAUGCCGUCUAUGCUCAGUCGGAGUAUGUUAGCUCGCUCACUCACUUUACGGAACGCUUCAAGCCUCGUCUGCUCGAGAUAGCAGGAGGCGAUACCGAGCUUGGCGUGCGCACGGCCGUAAUCAGUGUACUAAGUGCGAUUGACGGGCACGGACUUCUCGAGGAUGAGGAACGAGAACGAGUAUGUCUACUCGUGUUUGACACAGAAGCGCGUGUGCGGCGUGCUAUCGCGGUGUUCGUAGCGGGCGUAUGGGCAGAACUUGUGGAAGAACGGAUGGCCGCAACAACAAGCAAAGGCAAGAGUAAAGCCAGCGAUAAAGUCAAGGCAAGAGUCGGUGUGAAGGUCCUUGCGAUGUUACUGGUGAAAUGGGGGAAGGCUCUGGAUCGCACGUCGGAGAGCAUGGAAGAGGAAAGUGUUUUGUCUGGUGAGAGUGGGGUCGUUACAAGGCAGCGCGUGCACCCGCCCUAUAUGACUGGAGCAGAUCCGAGAAGCCGGAUAGCGCUUGCCGUGGAAGCACUUUGGGGCGAAGUGGACGCUGUCGGCGACUGGGAAGAAAUUUUGGAAGUCCUGCUACUUGAUCAUUCGGCAGGGGGAAAGGACGACGAUAUCGAUGGCCCUGACUCACUCGUCGAAAGUGCAAGCAAUACGGUGGACCCAUCAUGGCGGCUAGAAGAGGUGGAGGAAAGUGUGUUAUUGGAAGUACUUGUGGCAUCUCUGCGUCGUGCAAAGGCGGUGGCGGCGAGCGGGAAGAAGGGAGAGGAAGAGGCCGUGACGUCCGAUGUGACUCGCGCUCUGAUGAAGGGACUUCCUCGACUCUUCAUCAAAUAUCAAACCGAUGAGAAGCGUAUAUCCGACGUUUUGUCGAUUCCCCCAUUAAUGAAUCUCGACUUGUACCUGGAAAUGCGAAUGAUCAAUGCAUAUGCUGCGCUGUGGGACGACGUCAUCAAGCAGUUUCUGUCACACUCCUCCCAGACCGUCCUCACCAGGGCUGUUUCCACGAUCCGCCAUCUACUCAGCGCAACGUCAUUGGCAAACACAAAUAACACCAAGAUUCUCGAAUUAGAAGACGACUUAGCAUCCCAGCUUCGAGAUGCGGUUGCUGGCCGUGAGGAGAUCGAAGUUGCAUCGUUCAAUGAGGACGAAGUAAUAGCGCUUGCGGCCGUUUGUACACGGAUGUGCGUAUUGGCUGGCUCGCGUGACCUUUCCUCAUGGAUGGAAGAGGAUGAGGGUGGUAAGCAGAGUAGCGCAUGGGAUAUCGUCUCUGCGUUGGUAGAGCGUGGCCGCUUGGGGUACAAAGAAGAGGAACGGAUGAUCGAGCAAGGUCUUCAUUUACUUGGACUGCACAUUAUGUGGAAGGCACGAGGCCUACUAGACGCCAAGAAUGAGGCGGCAGACAACAAAAAAUUACGUGAAACGCUGCGCGUGCAGCGGGAUUCAUUAUUGGAGAGACUUAUCGAAUAUGCCAUCGGGACACAAUCUAACACUGCGGAAGGUGUUAAGCGAGCUGCGUUUCAAAACCUUAUGAAUCUGUAUAUUCUGUUCUGCCCUACACUGGCCGCCGCAGAGGAUGGGCAACGGCUUCCAACGGAGGUACUUGCCCUUCAGCUCGAUGAUGAGGUGCAAUAUCGCUGCGCGGGGUUCAUCCAGGCUACAAUCGAACAAUAUGCAGAACUACUUGAAGACGAAAGGCCAGCCGAGGAACUAACGGAGAAGGAUGAUAGCUCUGACGACCAGGAGGAUGUACGCCCCGUAAAGAAUGUAAAGAGCAAGGACCGCAGAAAAACUCAGUCGAAAACACCAGAACGGAGUCAACCUGCUUCGAAGGCGCCGCUUGAGCAGGAAUAUCAAUUUGUAGCGACUAUCUCGCCGUUUCUCCGAGCUAUCCGUGCGGGUGCUGUGCAUGUCAGGCAUGGCGCGGUACUUCUGGCACAUUACGGUCGUUUAGGACCUGUCUUCGACCUUUGUACGAAGGUUAUCGUGGACGUUCUUCGAGACGAAGGCAUGUACAAUGACAACGGUGAAGUUGUCGUUGAUGUUGUUACCCGGGCCCUCAAAGAGUCAUUUGGCCUCUUACUCGACUCCGUCGUGCGCAAUGAAGAUUGCUCUGUCGGUUUGGCGAAGCAGCUAGCAUCAACGUUCAUGAUUCGUGGUGCUCAACUCGCCGUAGUCCGUAAACUCGACAGCCAAUGUAUCGUCAAGAUGCACACGACCUUACUGACGUGGAUUAUCAAGCGCAUCUCAACCUUGGACGCAAAUAAGAAUAUGAAGCAAAAGGGCAACGCCUUGUUGUUCUUCAAAGUUCUGGCGGCCUUGUUGAAGUCUGUGGAGAGCAGAGACGCGUUAUCGAUCAAAGCGCACAUGGACCAGUCUUUUGCACAGUGCAAAAUUGAGAUUCCACCAGCGUCCAAGCUAUGGGAACCCCAAAGAAUGUACGAAAAGAGGCUGAAUUCGAUUCUGACAAAGGGGAAAGGCGGGAAAGGACGGAAAGCGAAAGGCGCAACUGGCGUCACGGACUCGGAAGAGAGUGAGCCUGAACCACAGCUUGAACCGCGGUUCGAAGUGGAACCUGUGGAAGAUGCUGCUCCAUCCAGUCGGCCCCGUCCACGGCGAAGGCCGGUUCGCCGUUCGCCCUCUCCAACAGAACAGUCUGAACACGAGGUACCUCCGUCCGUGUCACAGGAAGAUGAAACACAGGCCACACCCAGAGGUAAACCCCAGCCAGGGAACCGUGAAACGGAGUCUCCUGUAAAAACCCCUAUGAACUCACGGACUACGAUGGAGGUAGCAAUCCCGACUAAUGGGAAUGAGUGGACACGAAAGCGACGGCGUUCAGAGGAAAUGGAGGUCGAAGAGUCAGAAACAGCUGGGGAACGCCAAAGUAUAGAGGAUGUAGGUGUUGAAGAAGAGACAUCCCAAGCCCAGAAUACGAUGAACGAAUUCAUUAUCAGGAGAAAGCGCGCACGGCUAUAGACAUUUAUUGGCAUAGUUAUGAUUAUUGUUACUAAUAGUUUUCCUGUUGCUUUCAUUGUUCUGCCCUGUUCACGACUGUUGCACUACGUGUAUCGAUUCGCCUUUAAACACUCCCGUUGCGAGGGAAAGCAUGCCAUACCAUCGCAUCUAUUGAUAUGAUUCCCAUUCCUGGUACUCUGCAGUAUCCGUAUUUAAGCCACGAACGGAUUCACUGUCCAUUUACAUGCGAGGAUUACCAUGUGUUUGCAUUAUCUAGCUUUAAACCACGCUGCAAAAGAAUCAUGCGGCACAAGGGAAAUAGGUAUAAGUUAACUGAACCCUCAACGAGGACUAGCUGCUCGAGGUCAGAUUGGCAGGGCAUAAAGACUUCCAAUCCU